GCAACUGCCCUGGUUCGUGCUGCAGAAGAGCGCAGUGCGACAUUGUGGCUCGACCCGUACGUGGUGAGGCCGCCAGAAGUGGUCCCAAGGCUGGGUCUGAUCUGAUGCUCGUCGCUACUGGCAGACGAGUGGAAUCUAGACAACGGCGGCUUUCUCGGAGGUGCUUUCUAACAGCUGCAGCGUGUACUGUUGAACCGCAUCCCGGAAGACCCAGUGGCAACGACAUCCGGAAAGCUUGCCAAUGAAACAAAGCGCAUCCCCCGCCGAGACUACACCCGGACGCAGCCCCCCUGUGUACGCUGCCAGCUGAACCCCGCACCACCACUAUGCCGGACGAGCUCUCUGCGCUGCUCGCCCCCCUCCUCGCCCCCACCCUCCAGCGUCUCCUCGCCCCCAUCAAGCUCUCGCCUCUCUCCCGUCUCCCGACCUCCCGCCUGCUCACCACAGCCCUCCCCAACAUCUCCUCCAUCGAACUAGUCUCAUCCUCCGCCUUCGAAACAGACUACGCACCCCUCUAUACAUCCCUCUUCCACGGCGGCGAACGCGAACGCCCCAAUCUCAUCGUCGAGCGCCUCCGGCAAGAUGCGCAAGGGAAAAGAGCAGGCUCUCACCGAAAAGUGCUGGGCGCGGCGCAAUUCUCCGUGCUCCUACUCGAUGCGACCGAAGACGCCGAGGACGUGGUAGCAGUCCCGUACCUCCAGUACAUCUACGUCCGGUCCGAGAACAGGAGACAGGACCUGAGCGAGCUCCUCCACACGCUCGUCCUCGCCGUUUCGCUCGCGUCCUCUCCCAACCCGACGAAAGCGAAGGUCCCAUUCACCCUCUUCGAGACCGAGCCCCCGACCCACGGCGACGACACUGCCGCCCGCAAAACGGCAUUGGAACGGACUUCCAUUCACGCGCGGAGCGGCAGCAAGGCGCUCAUGCUCCGCAAACCUCCCGUCUCAUCAGACGGUCUGCCCGUAUACGUCAGCGCACACGUCCAACCCGGUCUCGAGCCGGACGACCCACCUCUCACGUUGAUCUGGGUGAUUCGGCCGAACCCUGUUCACCAGGGAGAAGCGCUAGAUGUCAAUAAGCUGGGACCCGUGGUGCUCGCCGCCGUGUACCGCAGUUUCCGCGACGAGGCGUUUCCCGAGGCGAACAUUGCGCUUGCAGAAGAAAUAGCAGAGAAGAGGAGGGUUAUGAGUGAAUAUUGUGUCAUGGGGUUGGCCGAGGUGACGAGGGGGAUGUAUGUUGGGAUUGACUGA